UCUUAUAAUACUUACUUACGUGCAUGAUACAUUAAAGAAAAUUAUUGUAUUUAACUGUAUUAAUCAAGACAACGGAAGAGCCAGAGUUGGUGGAUACUACAUAGGCGUAUUGUGAAGAAUCAUGAAACAAGACCGAGUUCGAUUGAAUUCCCGAGGAUCCACAUGUCAAGAAGUGUUACGUUAUAACUUGUUUAUGUUAUUAACAACUGUGUUCUUAGCAUGAAACUCUCAGACUGAGCUCCAUCAUGUUUACUAUUUAACAGAAUUGAAACGAGAGAAAUCUUGCGAAUCUGCGCGAUUCAUUAACUCCAGGUCUUUUUGUAUAGCGAUAUAUUUUAUAAUGUCUAGGUUUCUGGGGCACACAACUAUAUUUACAGAUGGACAAUCGCUUGAUUUUUUGGAUUUAAGUACUGUUUUAAUAAUCAUGGUUUCUGCUAUAUUGUGUGUUUCGUAUAUUAUCGUAUUGCCUGGAUUUCGUGACAGAUCGCGGAUUUUUCUGAGCAUGCGCUUCUUCGUGAGCCUGUUCAUCGGGACAACAAUAUUACUGUCAUUAUACGGGCAUGAGUGGGAAGUAGGAACCAUUAAUACCAACAUCACAUUCAAACCCUACAAACCAGGUAAAGUUCAAGCCGACGUUUCGCUAAAGCUAGGUGUUCGUGGGGUCACCAUUGCUCUGAUUGGAACGCCUCUUGAACAAAUGAACGAAACUGUUAUGUACAGUGAAAAUAUAUAUUGGGAAUGGACAGAAGGAAAACCAGGUGGUCGACCACAAGACGGCGUGUUCCAGCGCCACCUGAGGGAUGCUAAGGAACUUUUGUUACCAUUUCCGAUACUAUGGACCAUCGAAUGGUUUACAGUGAUUGGAGAGAACGUCUCCUAUGAGAAUACGCUUUCCACUGCAGGCUGGUACACUCACCUGUUACUUUG